AUGUGGUCAAUGACAGUCAGGAAAGGGGCGGAGCAUGUUAUAUCUCAGUUGGCUGACUAUUUUCAAAGUCACAUCAGGAAUGCUCUCCAAGAUGUAGUGCAACAAAUGGACUCAAUGGAGAAUGCUGUUCAGAAACUGGUCUCCAACUUCGGUAAUUCUGCUGUUGGCGUUAUUUGCCAGGCGGAAGCAGUGGAGCUUGCCAACAUUCGCUCUCCCCACCUUGCAAGGGCUAAUGGUGAAUCUACAGCGAAGAAUGAUACAAGAAACUUACGGCUUCAACUUCGAAACAAACUCUCACUUUCUCUAUUUACUGGGGAGAAACUAGAAGGAGAUGGUGGUGCUCGCAUUUCCGUUGCGUUGAUCGAUGCAGAUACAGGGGAUGUCGUUACAUCAGGGCCGGAAGCCUCUAUCAAGUUGGACGUCAUUGUGCUUGAAGGUGACUUCAAGAAAGACGAUGAGAAAAAUUGGGCUCCAGAAGAGUUUGAUAGCUACGUGGUUAAAGAACGAGAAGGAAAGAGGCCGCUUUUGAUAGGAAAUCUCCAAGUAAAGCUCAAGGCUGGUGUUGGGGACCUGGGAGAUAUGAUAUUUACCGACAAUUCCAGCUGGACUAGGAGCAAAAGAUUCAGGAUAGGGCUCAAAGUGGCAUCGAGUGAUGGUAGGAAUACACGAAUCCGAGAAGCAAAAACAGAUGCCUUCUCCGUCAAGGAGCAUAGGGGACAAGCAUAUAAGAAGAACCAUCCACCAGCAUCUGACAAUGAGGUCUGGAGAUUGGAAAGUAUCGCAAAGGAUGGAUCAUUUCACAAGCGGCUGAAUGAAGCAGGAAUACAUAAGGUGGAACAGUUUUUACGACAACACUCCGUGGACUCUGAGAAACUGAGAAAUAUUCUCGGAAAGGGCAUGACAGAGAAGAAGUGGAAAGUCCUCCUAGAUCAUGCAAAAACUUGCACUCUGAAUGGGAAACUCCACGUGUACCAUGAUGGUAAUGAAAAUGAUCACGGUGCUACAUUCAACAGCGUUGGUCAACUCAGUGACCAUACUGUGGGCGGACUGAAUAAUGCUGCUGACAGAUUUUCUCCCCAGCAGAAGGUUCUGGAUAUGAAGGGAUUAAUCAGCUACUAUUGGAGGACUAAGGGCUUGAAUCUUGUUGCUAUGGAUCAAGCGCCGCUUGCUUCUAGACAAACUUAUGGAUUUGACAUUUAG